UGGAGCUUGCAGCAGCAGCAGCAGCAGCAGCAUGGACUGAAUGAAUGCUUGAUGUCAUGAGCUCUGCCUGCUAAUAAAGAAAAUUAGAUUCAGAAAUCUAGGAGUAUUCAGUGAAAAUGGAGAGGAGAGCUGGAGAAAUGGAAAAUGCUACUCUGAUAGAGAUGAACAGUGUGGUGAAUUCACACGGAGAAGACAGAGAAACACCACACCCAAUCCAUCAGGAGAACAAAAACUCUGUGUACGGUGAACCUCGCAUUGAUUUUGUCCUGUCCUACGUGGACGACGAUGAUGGAGGCAAGAAAGCGGAGCAGAGAAAACUGUUUGAAGACAAUCUUAGGAAGAAAUAUAAUUUGCAGCUGGAGCACGAGUAUAAAUCGGAAUCACCUGACUGCAAGACCCACUUCCUGAAGAUCCACGCCCCCUGGGAAGUCCUGGCCCACUAUGCAGACAAGCUGAAGAUCAAGGUCCCUUUCGGGAAAAGUGAAACCAAACAGGGAAAGGGAAAAGAGUGCCUGGAUUGCCUGAAGCGGCACUUAUAUCCUCCGUCUGAAAUAAUCAAGCCUGAACGAUAUUACACUGCGCCUUUCGACAACUCAAAAUCUGACUCCUUACUUAUUGAAGACAAGGAAACUUUCUUUCACCCCUCCACCCGAAACAGGAUUGUGUACUACAUCCUCACUCGCUGUCCAUACUACCAGGGUGAUCAAGUUAAUAAGAAUAAGACUGGGAUUAAGAGACUGCUGAGCAACGGGACCUAUACAUCAGCAUACCCGCUCCAUGAUUGUCUGUGUUUGAAGAAAGCAGAGCAGGUUCUGUGUGAGAGUGACAGAGAUCUUCUCUAUAAGCACUGGGCUCGCUUCCGCUGCUUCUACAAAAAGCAACCGCUCGACCUAAUCAGGAAGUAUUAUGGUGAGAAGAUUGGUAUCUACUUUGCCUGGUUGGGCUUCUACACAGAGAUGCUGUUCUUUGCUGCUGUGGUGGGUGUCAUCUGCUUCGCCUAUGGUCUACACACCUACGAUGACAACAUCACAAGUAAGGAGGUCUGUGACCCUGAUAUUGGUGGGAAAAUUGUGAUGUGCCCUCUGUGUGAUAAAAUGUGCUCCUUCUGGAAGCUCAACUUGACAUGUCUCUCAUCCAGAACAAUCCAUCUGUUUGACAAUGCAGGAACUGUGUUUUUUGCCGUUUUUAUGGGAAUCUGGGUGACUCUGUUUCUGGAGUUUUGGAAGCGGAGGCAGGCCAGGCUGAAGUAUGAAUGGGAUCUGGUGGAUUUUAAUGAAGAGGAGCAGCUGCUUCAGAUAAGACCAGAGUUUGAGUUGAAGUGUACUGAAAAACGUAAAAACCCCAUCACAGAGGAAGAGGAACCGUAUCUUCCCAUUAAAGAAAAAUGUCCACGCCUCUUUGUCUCUGGAGCUACAGUCCUGUUCUGGACCUGUCUGGUCGUGGCCUGUAUUAUAGGAGUGAUAGCAUACAGGUUAGCAGUGUACGCCACCUUCGCCGGACGUAUAAAGAACAUGAUCCAGCUACUGGAGUCUGUGGUCAGCCCACAACAGACAACUGCCGUCACUGCGUCCCUCAUCAACUUUGCCAUCAUCCUCAUCCUCAACUUCCUCUAUGGGCACGUGGCUAUCUGGAUCACAGAUAUGGAAAUUCCUAAAACCCACUCAGAAUAUGAGAACAGUCUGACCACGAAGAUGUUCAUGUUCCAGUUUGUGAACUACUACUCCUCCUGCUUCUAUGUUGCCUUCUUUAAAGGCAAGUUUGUGGGUUAUCCAGGCGAGUAUACCUACAUGUUCGGAGGUCAUCUGAGAAAUGAGGAGUGCGCUCCAGAAGGCUGUCUAAUAGAGCUCACCACUCAGCUGGGGAUUAUUAUGUCAGGAAAGCAACUGGUGGCCAACAUCCAGGAGAUCGUACUGCCGUUAUUGAAAAACUGGUGGACCAACAGAAAGAGGAGGGGCCAUUCAGGGUCUAGCCAAUGGGAGCAGGACCAUGCCUUAAAAAGCUUAAGCCAAUUUGGUCUCUUCGAUGAGUACCUGGAGAUGGUGAUUCAGUUUGGCUUCAUCACGCUCUUCGUGGCCUCGUUUCCUCUGGCUCCUCUCCUCGCUCUCUUUAAUAACAUACUGGAGGUGAGGCUGGAUGCGUGGAAAUUCACCACACAGCUUCAGCGGCCUGUGGCGAUACGCGCACGCAACAUCGGGGCCUGGAACGAAAUUCUAAAUGUGGUGGCGGUCUUGUCAGUUAUCACAAAUGCCUUCAUCAUGGCGUUCACCUCAGAAAUGAUCCCUCGGCUGGUCUACCUCUAUGCCUACCACCCUGGGGAAGAGGCCACGAUGGCGGGCUACAUCAGCAACAGCCUCUCUGUGUAUGAAAUCAGUGAUCUAAGAGCAAAAAACUUAUCACACUUUGAUGCAAACCCUACGUUGUUCAGUGCCAACAUCACAAAAUGCAGAUAUCGAGACUACCGCUACCCACCAGGCCACCCCCAGGAAUACAAACACACCAUGCAGUUCUGGCAUAUACUAGCAGCUAGACUGGCGUUUAUCAUCAUCAUGGAGCACAUUGUGUUUGUGGUGAAGUUCCUGGUGGCGUAUCUGAUUCCUGAUGUGCCUUCAGACGUGAGGGACCGGAUAAGGUUUGAGCAAUACCUGGUACAGAACCGCCUGGUGAAUGAGGAGCUAAAAAUGAUCAAGAGUUCCUAACUGUGGUCUAAUCAUCUGCUGCACUUCAUGCGCCUGAUUAUAGGCAGGUGAUGUAGUAAUAAAUGUGUGAUGUCCUGAUUUUUCCUCACAGAAAAAAAUGCAUUUCUUUUUAUUUACCAUUUCUCACAUUUUCUCACAUUUCUCACAUUUCUUCUUUUUUUACUUUUCUAUAUUAAUAUUAAAUAUAUUUUAAAAAUAUUUAAUGUUUUGUUUUUGUAUUGUCAAUGUUUUUCUACAUUGUAAAUGAAUCGUGAAGUAAUCUAGACUAUGAAGGAACACAUAAAGAAUCAUGUAGUAACUUAAAAGUGCAAAACAAACCAAAAUACUCUGUGAAGAAGCAUUUAGGUGCUCUUAUCUGGGGAGCUGUUAACUUGUGCUUUCUGUGGCUGGUUAUUCUGUGCAACAGAGGGAACUCUUGCUCUUCCUUUUCUGCGGCGGUCCAGAUGAUAUGGUUAAUUAGGGAGUCUGAAGGUAAAGGACAGGGUGCUGGGGGGUCUGUGUGACAUACUUUUUGGGUUAAUAUGCAUUUCAGUACAAAUGUGCCAAAAUUAAACCAAAAUUUGGAGAA